AUGGGGAGAAGCCGUAUGGUUGUAACCCAUGUGGGAAGGCUUUGGGUGGGAAGUCAUCUUACUGAACACAGAAGAACCCACAAUGGGGAGAAGCCUUAUGAGUGUCAAGUGUGUGGAAAAGCCUUCAGUUAUAGCUUAGGCCUAAGGCACCACAGAGAAGUACAUAUUGAGGAGAAACCCUUUGGAUGUAGGGUGUAG